ACUAAAAAGGUAACCUGUGUUGUUGCAGAAGCCAGUGACAGUAAGCAAUUCAUUUCCAUAACCCAGGCUCCAAACCAGAAGAAGAACUACGAAGAUCUAAGAGAACGAACCAAUUGGAAAUAUGAUUUUGAGAGUGCGAACCAAUUGGAAUUGAAGAUUUUCCCUGUCAAAAGUGGAUUUAUCCAACUUACUGGGAAUGAAAUUCUUUCACUGGGCACCGAAGUAAGCCUACCCCAACUUUCCAAGCUGGUCUUUCUUCAACGAGGACGAAGAGAAGCAUUCUUUGGUUUGCAAGUAUUCGCUUUUCUUCCAUAG